AUGAAAGCUACAAAGGCAGUAUUUCAAGCUAAAGCUAAAAAGUACUCUAAAUUAGCUCAGGAGGUUGCGGAGGAAGAGGGACGUGAACUAGCUGCGGACGACUUUGCACAGCGCAAUCGUGGGAAGGGGCUUAAAGACCGUGGCUUGAGAGGAGCUGGUGUAGCGCCACUAGAAGGUGUUGUACGUCGUGGAAGAACCUACAAUCUCAACGAGAUUCAGGGCUUAGCUACUCCAUCAGUGUAUGUGUAUCGUCAGCUUGGAAGCAGGUACAUCCGUAUUCCUGACCUUGAUGCCAAAACACUAGUCAUCGUACAACCGAAUCGUCGAAAGUGCGGACCCAAGUGUCAAAUCAGUGAUCAGCUACAGGCAAUGAUCAGAACGCUCGUUUAUAAGCAACAUAUCGAUCAGCCAACGUAUGAUAAGCUCAGCAUCGAUGACAAGAAAAUGUUCAAAGAGAUCCUUGCAAUCACUCACCUUCAGUAUAGUUUCCACGAUAAGCUUACUGAUCCAAUGGAGACCCUUCGUGCAGAGUAUGACAAACUAAAAGUUGGAACCCGAGAAUGA